UGGUCAUUCUCGUGUCUCUAUAGAUCUCCGGUCUCCCGGAAAACUAUGCUGAGACAACAGUUGUCCCACUACACUUCGGAUGUUCGGAAUAUUAUUCUAUCUUUGAGAUGUAAUCCGGAUCCGAGAUUGCCUCAGUUACGGGUGAUCCCAUCACAAAUGACGUCACUUCUUGCACUUAUGGAUUUCCGCAGGCUGUGGAAACCCAAAAUUUAUCCCUGCCCGAGCGGAUUUUUC